AUGGCAGUAUGUUGUGGUGGCAAAAAACAGAAAGUCUCACAUAUUAAUUCAAAUUCAAAUUCAAAUUCAAAUAGUAAUCAUCCACAACAACACAACAAACUCCUUCCCAAUGGUAAUGAUUCAUUCUUAGCCACCACAUCUUCAUCAUAUCAAAACAACAAUCAUUACCAUUACCGUUCAUCCCAACAACAGCAACAACAACAACAGAAACACAAUAACUCAUCGAAUCAUUUGAAUAAUAAUCAUAAUACAUUUCAUUUAAAGCAUCAUCAUCAUCAACGAUCACAAUCACAAUUUAAUUAUCGUCCGAAUCAUACGCCGUCAUCAACAAUAACUACUGCCACACCGUCCGUAAUGCCGCACGAUUUGUCGAGAAACACAGCUAAUAGUGCAUCGUCGUCCGCAUUAGCCUACACAUUUUCGAAUCAACAAGCAACGAAUAACAAACACAACAAUCAUUAUCAUCAUUAUAAAAUGAAAAAUAAACAUUCGAAUAAGAAUAGUAAUGUUGAUAGUAUGGACGAAGAUGAAGACGAUGAAGUUGAUGAUGAUGAAAUGAAAGAUUGCAAUGAUAGUAAGCCAUCAUUGAAAUUAAAUAAUAAUUAUAACGCAUCCAAACGUGUUGCAACAGUAAAACCAUCGUCAUCGAAUCAAACACAACAGCAACAACAACAACAACAAGAACAAAAACUGAGUAUUGUUCAUGCUGAUAUGAUUUAUUAUUGUUUUGAAAUAUUAGGAAAUUAUCUAUUUAAAAAAGAUUUUUUAUUUUCAUCAUUAACACCCUCGUCUUCGUCGUCCAAGAAUGCUAGUACAUCAGUCGCACCUAAUAUAAGUAUUCCACAUGAUGUUCAUUAUCCAUUAUUUGUUACAUGGCUUAUUGGCCCAGAAAAAAAAUUACGUGGUUGUAUCGGUACAUUCACACCGAUGAAUCUACUUCAAGGUUUACGAGAAUAUGCUUUGACAUCGGCUACAAAUGAUAGUCGAUUUAAUCCAAUUACACGAGAUGAAUAUGUCCAAUUACAUUGUGCUGUCAGUAUAUUGACAAAUUUUGAAGUCGCCUAUGAUUAUUUGGAUUGGGAAAUUGGUAAACAUGGUAUACGUAUUGAAUUUGUAAAUGAACGAGGUUCAAAACGUAGUGCUACGUAUUUACCUGAAGUAGCGCGAGAACAAGGCUGGAAUCAUGUUCAAACAUUAGAUUCAUUAUUACGUAAAGGUGGUUAUAAAGCAACAAUAACAAACGAUUUACGAAAAUCUGUCCAGGUCACACGAUAUAGAAGUGAAAAAUUAACAUUACAUUAUAAUGAUUACGUUCAAAAUCGGCAAACCCUAAUUGAAACAACAACAACUGUGACAACAACUAUUGAAAGACGAACGACAUUAUUAGGGAAUUAUACAACAAGACAACAAUUCUAG